UAGUCAAAAAAAUUAUUUUGCAAAAUAAUUUUAUUAUUUUAACGUUUUUAAACAUCUAAUAUGUAAAGGAACAAGCCAUAAAGCUGUCUAAUCAUCUAUUUUAUUUGUUUAAUGAAAUUUGCAUUUGAAACAUUUAAGUUUUCUCCUUGAUUUUUGAUUCUGGAAAAAAUAUUAAAUUAUGCUAUUGAAAACAUCUAAUGGCGAUAAAACGUCUUAUGUAGCAAGCAGUAAUGGAAAAGGGAAAAAAUCCAUCUCGUCAAGAAUUCACCGAAAAACGUUGAGAAUUGCCACUAAGCCAUCGUCUGGAAAAAGAGUUCAUGUAGGAAAGAGAAUAUCACUUGGCAAAAAUCAGAAAAAUUUUAAUGCUUCACUUCCACCAACGACAUCGUCAUUGUGCGAUAAUUCAAACGAUUCAGGCUUAGGCUUUGAUCAUCACGAAUCUCAGCAUAUUAUUCAGCAACUACAUUCAAUAAACGGUAGUGGAAAUUCGCAAAAUAUGGCCUUAACAACAGCUGCAAACAAUAUUAACAGCAGUGCUAACUAUCAACGAUCAAUGAAUACUAUCAGGUAUGGAGAAAUCACUCAGGCAAAUUAUGCUUCAAACACGCCGAGUCCCACGUCGCCAACAUCAUCAUCAUUUGUUCGGCAAAAUUCUGAGACAAGUAAGAAUAAGCAUUGCAUACAAUUGGGAGCAGGCAAGAAAAUUAAGAGCGUUAUUAAAAAGCCAUUUAUGCCUGUCAAAAAUACUAAUCAUUUGACCUUGAAAAAUGAAACUGAAGAUACUUGUGGCGAUGAUUUCUUUUCAACGCAUGUUCAGAAAAACAUUAUGAACAAUACGAUCUCAUCGCCGACAAAUUUGACAUAUUCAUCUGUCACGAGUCCUUCGGAAAGGAAUUCAUCAAGUUCUUCUCCUUCCUCGAAUCGCUCGUCUCCAGAAAUAACUAAUAAUUUACAAUUGUCUAAUAAUACUGAAACAUCCGAUACUCCUGAAGAAGUGCAUUCAACAUCGACAUCAUCUUUGUCCUCCUUACAAAAUCAAAAUCAUUCGUCAGUUUCAAGUGAUGAGAAAAUACAAUUGCAAAUUAUAACACAGCCUGAACAACAGCAUCGAGCACGAUAUCAGACAGAAGGAAGUCGAGGAGCUGUAAAGGAUAAAAGUGGAAACGGAUUUCCCGUCGUCAAGUUAAAUGGAUACUCGAAACCUGCAGUCUUACAGGUAUUUAUUGGAAACGAUGUCGGUAAAGUGUCCCCGCAUAUAUUUUAUCAAGCAUGCAAAGUGAGCGGCAAGAAUUCGACACCAUGUAAUGAAGUUAAAGUAGAUGGAACGAUGGUGAUUGAGAUAGAAAUUAAGCCAGAAAAUGAUAUGACAGUAAUUUGUGAUUGUGUUGGGAUAUUGAAGGAACGAAAUGUAGAUGUAGAACAUCGUUUGGGAAAGAAUAAUACACUUGCGGCAGUGACGAGAAAUAAGAAGAAAUCGACAAAAUGUCGAAUGAUUUUUCGAACAAAGAUUAAUGAGGAUGCAGAGUAUUCGGAGGUUUUGCAGAUUUGUAGCAAUACAAUAACGUGUACACAGCCGCCUGGAGUUCCAGAAAUUUGUAAAAAAUCCUUAGAUUCUUAUAAUUUUGGUGGUGGAAAGGAACUCUUUAUAAUUGGUAAAAAUUUUCUAAAAGAUACAAAAGUAACGUUCACAAGAUAUGAUGAAAAUGGUCGACAGAUGAAAAAGAUUUGGGAAGAGACAGUUUUACCUGACAAGGAAUAUCUUCAACAGACACACCUAAUAUGUACAAUACCGGCAUAUCCAGAGGAAAUAACAGAGCCAGUACAAGUUCAAAUGUAUGUGACGUCAAGUAACAAGAAAAGUGAGCCUCACACGUUCAUCUAUACGCCAUUCAAGCAUUAUCGUUCGGUUCCACAAUCACCUUCGAUUGAUGCAUUAAAUAAUAUUGGAUUUUCAACAAUAAAUCAGCAAGACUUAUCGCCAACAUCUACAACUAAUUCUCAUGUUUUAUCGCUAACAUGGAAUGAGCCACAAGGAUCGUCUCCUGAAAAUAUUAUGCCACCUCCAUCAUCUCGUAAACCAUCAUUUUCAAAGUCCCUCUCCGAGAUAAGCACAAAUGAUUCAACAAAAAUUAACAGUCCUAAUGAAUUGCAACAGCAGCAAGAAACCACUACCUCAUCACCGACAACAAUACAACCAAUUCAACAAGCCUCAGUAGUGAAAGAAAUGAUUUAUAGUGAUAGUACUAUGCUUGAUGUUACGGGACAGUGCUUCUUAAAUCCAUCGGCUACAUCAAAUUUGAUGAAUUCGACACAAGUGGGUCAAUCCUUAUUGGAACAUGAUUUUCAAGUCGUUCAUCAUAUUAAAAGUGAACAAAAUCAGGAUCAAUUGCAAAAUGUCGUUACAAAUGAUAUAAUGCCUCCACCAUCUCAGCAGCAGCCUUCACAAGCGUCUGAAUUAAAUUCAGUUCAGCAGCAACAAGUUGUUGAAAAUUUCAUAAAUAUGAUUUGUGCACAAGUAGAACCGACUAUAGUGCAACAAAAUACAGAUAACAUUAUUAACCAUCAUCAUUUAAAUCAGGAUUUGAUUAUGAAUCAAGCAUCUAAUAAUGUUGUUGUUGGACCAACAAAUAAUGAUCAUGCAAACAUGAUGAGUGCCAUUUCUACGUCGCAACCCAUGAUAUGUGAGCAAAAUAUAAUGUCAGUGCAAUUAUCCGACGGUACAAAUAUUAUUCCUUUAAAUACAUUAGACGCUUCUAUUAAUAAUGAUACGACUUCAAAUACUUCGCUAAUAUCUAAUGCUGUCUCAGAGGCAGCAGCCGAAACGCAAUUCGUUGUUAAGCAGAUGAUUGCGAAUGUAGCAGCAGAGAUUCUCUCAGAGAAUCCCAACGAGACGCAGUCUUCGAUUAAUAACUUUAUUUCAUCGACAUUAGGUGGCACAGAAUCGACACAACAGCAGACGCCAAUUACUAGUUCUCAGCAACAAUUGCAGGAAAUUAUAGCUCAAGAGUUUAUGGCACCGGUCAUGAUCAAGAAGGAAGAAAAUGAUGGGCAACCUCAAAAUGCUCUUAUUAGCGAUCCUGCAUCCAACAACCCUUCAUCUUCAAAUAUGACACAGCCAUUUUCACCGACUCCUGCUGAUUUUAAUUUGACUAGCAUGUCCGAGAGCGAUUUAAUUAGUUUUAUUAAUCCAUCUGUGUUUAUAUAAAUAUUACACUCAUUAUUAUUACAACAACUUUGUUUUUUCUAAAUUAUCGACAAUAAGUAUGUUGAAGAUGAUACACAGACAGCUGUUUUUUUCUUCGUUUCCAAAUGAUGGAAAAAGAUAGAAAUUAUAGAAAUAUUAAACAAUUGUUCAAAAAAUUCUAUGGAGAAGUGCUUUGAAUGAAACAAAAAAAAACUAUUUUAUACAUGUAUAAUAACUAAUCAUUUUAUGUAAUGGAUCAUUAUGAAACAAAAGAGAAAGAAAAUUUCUACAAAGC